AUGGAAGAGCCCGACUUGGUAGUGCCGUCCCUCGAGACGGUGCAAAAGUUCCUUUCAGAGCUCACAAAGCAGGACGCCACCAAGAGGCCAACCCUCAUCCCUAUCUAUGGCCAAAUCACGUCCGACCUCAUCACGCCGUCUGCCGCCUACCUCAAGGUCUCGGCACACUACCGAGCCAAGAGCAGCAGCUCAGGCGCUGAGGACCAGCUGUCGUUCCUAUUUGAGAGCGCAGCAACCGAGCGUGUGGGCCGCUACAGCUUUGUCGCUGCAGGCCCGCGCAAGGUGGUCCGCACUGGGCCCGGCUUCGCUGGCGGCGCUUGUGACCCCCUGCCGGCCCUCGAGGAGGAGCUCGCCCGCCAUGUCGUCGCCACCGACGUGCCCGGCCUGAAGCUGCCGCCCUUUUCUGGCGGCGCCGUCGGCUACGUGGGCUACGACUGCGUGCGUUACUUCGAGCCCAAGACGGCACGGCCGAUGAAGGACGUUCUGGGUAUCCCCGAGUCGGUCUUUAUGUUUUUCGACACGGCUGUGGUGUUUGAUCGCUUCUACGGCAUCAUCAAGGUCGUGACCUAUCUGCAUGUCCCUGGUGGCGCCUUUGACGGGGCCGAGGGGACCGCACAAAAAGUCGAGGCUGAAUAUAACCGCGCCCUUGGGACUAUCCGGGAGCUGACAGAGCUUCUCAACGGGCCCGAGAUCCCGCUUCCCGAGCAGAAGCCCGUCCGCUUGGGGCAAGAGUACACAUCCAACGUCGGACAGGCGGGCUACGAGGGGCACGUCACGGCGCUCAAGAAGCACAUCGUCAAGGGCGACAUCAUCCAGGCCGUGCCGUCGCAGCGCUUCGCUCGCCCCACGGACCUUCACCCGUUCAACAUCUACCGGCACCUGCGGACAGUCAACCCGUCGCCAUACCUGUUUUACGUCGACUGCGCCGACUUCCAAAUCGUCGGCGCCAGCCCAGAGCUGCUGGUCAAGAGCGAGGGCGGCCGCGUCAUCACGCACCCGAUCGCGGGCACGGUAAAGCGCGGCGCCACGCCCGAGGAGGACCAGCGGCUGGCGGACGAGCUGGCGGCGAGCCUCAAGGACCGCGCCGAGCAUGUCAUGCUGGUGGACCUGGCACGCAACGACGUCACGCGCGUGUGCGACCCGCUCGAGACCCGCGUCGACCGCUUAAUGGUGGUCGAGCGCUUCAGUCACGUCCAGCACCUCGUGUCCCAGGUCUCGGGCGUCCUGCGGCCCGACAAGACCCGAUUCGACGCCUUCCGCUCCAUCUUCCCCGCCGGCACCGUCUCAGGCGCCCCCAAGGUCCGCGCCAUGGAGCUCAUCGCCGAGCUUGAAGGGGAGAAGCGCGGCGUCUACGCCGGCGCCGUGGGUUACUUUGGCUACGGAGGUGUCGACCGCCAGGGCAAGGAGAGCGAGGGCGAGAUGGACACGUGCAUUGCUCUGAGAACCAUGCUGGUCAAGGAUGGUGUUGCCUAUCUCCAGGCUGGCGGUGGUAUUGUGUUUGACUCGGACGAGUACGACGAGUGGAUGGAGACUAUGAACAAGCUCGGCGCCAAUAUGCACUGCAUCACUUCAGCUGAGCAGUUGUGGGCUAGGCGGCAGGCAACUGCGGCAGACAAGCCGAAGCAAUGA